CCUAUCUCCAUUGGCUGAGCCCAGCUGUCAGUCUUCUCGCGUCUCGCGGCGCGACACAAGCAGGCGUGGCCUGGAGAGCAGUCUCGGAGCCUGCUGCAGGGAGAAGAUGGCGGUCGCAGUGAGAACUUUGCAGGAGCAGCUAGAAAAGGCCAAAGAGAGCUUAAAGAAUGUGGAUGAGAAUAUUCGCAAGCUCACCGGGCGGGAUCCGAAUGACGUGAGGCCCAUCCAAGCCAGAUUGCUGGCCCUUUCUGGUCCUGGUGGAGGUAGAGGACGUGGUAGUUUAUUGCUGAGGCGUGGAUUCUCAGAUAUUGGAGGAGGACCCCCAGCCAAACAGAGAGACCUUGAAGGGGCAGUCAGUAGGCUGGGCGGGGAGCGUCGGACUCGGAGAGAAUCACGCCAAGAAAGCGACCCAGAGGACGAUGAUGUUAAGAAGCCAGCUUUGCAGUCUUCAGUUGUAGCUACCUCCAAAGAGCGCACACGGAGAGACCUUAUCCAGGAUCAAAAUAUGGAUGAAAAGGGAAAGCAAAGGAACCGACGAAUAUUUGGCUUGUUGAUGGGCACCCUUCAGAAAUUUAAACAAGAAUCCACUGUUGCUACUGAAAGGCAAAAGAGACGCCAGGAAAUUGAACAGAAACUUGAAGUGCAGGCAGAAGAAGAAAGAAAGCAGGUUGAAAAUGAGAGGAGAGAACUGUUUGAAGAGAGGCGUGCUAAACAGACAGAACUGCGGCUUUUGGAACAGAAGGUUGAGCUUGCGCAGCUGCAAGAAGAAUGGAAUGAGCAUAAUGCCAAGAUAAUUAAAUAUAUAAGAACUAAAACAAAGCCCCAUUUGUUCUAUAUUCCUGGAAGAAUGUGUCCAGCUACCCAAAAACUAAUAGAAGAGUCACAGAGAAAAAUGAAUGCUUUAUUUGAAGGUAGACGCAUCGAAUUUGCAGAACAAAUAAAUAAAAUGGAGGCUAGGCCUAGAAGACAAUCAAUGAAGGAAAAAGAGCAUCAGGUGGUGCGUAAUGAAGAACAGAAGUCGGAACAAGAAGAGGGUAAGGUGGCUCAGCGAGAGGAAGAGUUGGAGGAGACAGGUAAUCAGCACAAUGAUGUAGAAAUAGAGGAAGCAGGAGAGGAAGAGGAAAAGGAAAUAGGUAUAGUUCAUAGUGAUGCAGAGAAAGAACAGGAGGAGGAGGAACAAAAGCAGGAAAUGGAAGUUAAGAUGGAGGAGGAAACUGAGGUAAGGGAAAGUGAGAAGCAGCAGGAUAGUCAGCCUGAAGAAGUUAUGGAUGUGCUGGAGAUGGUCGAGAGUGUCAAAAAUGUAAUUGCUGAGCAGGAGGUAAUGGAAAUCAACCAAGUUGAAAGCAUAGAACCUUCAGAAAAUGAAACUAGCAAAGAAUUGGAGCCAGAGGUGGAAUUUGAAGUUGAGCCAGAUAAAGAAUGUAAAUCUCUUUCUCCUGCAAAAGAGAAUGCUAGUGCUCUAGAAAUGGAAAAUGAGCCUGAGGAAAAAGAAGAAAAAGAACCUGAGCCCCAGCCUGAGCCUGUGGCUCAGCCUCAGUCCCUGCCUCAGCCCCAGCCCCAGCCCCACUCCCAGUCCCACUCCCAGUCCCACUCCCAGUCCCAACCAGUACUCCAGCCCGAGCCUCUCUCUCAGCCUGAGACUUUGCCAUUAGCUCUUCCACAGCUACCACCUCAGGUUAUUCAGGAGCAAGGGCAUUUACCACCUGAGAGGAAGGAGUUUCCUGUAGACUCUGUAAAACUCACUGAGGUGAUGGUAGAACCAGUCUUGACCGUACAUUCAGAGAGCAAGAGCAAAACCAAAACGAGGAGCAGAAGUAGAGGUCGGGCUAGAAAUAAAGCAAGCAAGAGUAGAAGUCGAAGCAGUAGCAGUAGUAGUUCUAGUAGCAGUUCAACCAGUAGCAGCAGUGGAAGCAGUUCCAGCAGUGGCAGUAGCAGUAGUCGAAGUAGUUCCAGUAGCAGCUCCAGUACAAGUGGCAGCAGCAGUAGAGACAGUAGCAGCAGCACUACUAGUAGUAGUGAGAGUAGAAGUCGGAGUAGGGGCCGGGGACAUAACAGAGAUAGAAAGCACAGAAGGAGCGUGGAUCGGAAGCGAAGGGAUGCUUCAGGACUAGAAAGAAGUCACAAAUCUUCCAAAGGAGGUAGUAGUAGAGAUACAAAAGGAUCAAAGGAUAAGAAUUCCCGGUCUGACAGAAAGAGGUCUAUAUCAGAGAGUAGUCGGUCAGGCAAAAGAUCUUCAAGAAGUGAAAGAGACCGAAAAUCAGACAGGAAAGACAAAAGGCGUUAAUGGAAGAAGCCAGGCUUUCUUAGCCUAUUCUUUGCAGCAGAAGAUUUCUUGAUGAGUAAAAGGAUUACCUUUCCUUGUAAGGAGAAUGCUGCCUUAAGAAUUGCAUGUUGUAAAAAUUUUUUUGGAAAAUACAGACUGUUUGUUUACCA